CCUGACUCCGCACAUCCACGGUCUGAUUUGACACACACACACACAGACACACACACAUAGCGGAACACGGAGCCACUUGAACACAUUUGCUUGGCCUCUCUCUUUGGUCCCUUGCUACAUCUUACAGCUUUGAAGAUCGGUGGACAUCAAAAAGGCCCCCCCCUCCCCAGAUGUAGAGGGUGUUUUGGUCAUUACAACUGUGUGCAAGACUCUUGUGCUGUCCAGUAAGGUCACCCACCAUGCGUGAGUACAAGCUAGUCGUGCUUGGAUCAGGAGGUGUGGGAAAAUCUGCACUGACAGUCCAAUUUGUUCAAGGCAUUUUUGUGGAGAAGUAUGACCCCACUAUUGAAGACUCUUAUAGAAAGCAAGUUGAAGUCGACGGGCAGCAAUGCAUGCUGGAAAUCCUGGACACCGCUGGAACAGAACAGUUCACAGCUAUGAGGGACCUGUACAUGAAAAACGGGCAAGGCUUUGCUUUGGUGUACUCCAUCACAGCACAGUCAACGUUUAAUGACCUACAGGACCUGCGGGAACAAAUCCUGCGAGUAAAGGACACAGAGGAUGAAAAAUUCCAUCAGAGUGGAAGAAAUCGAGAAGAACAUGGGAACGUCUCUCCACAGGGCUUUAAUGUUCCGAUGAUCCUGGUGGGGAACAAGUGUGACCUGGAGGACGAGCGUGUGGUCGGCAAGGAGCAGGGUCAGAACCUGGCUCGUCAGUGGAACAACUGUGCCUUUUUAGAGACUUCAGCUAAAUCAAAGAUCAAUGUUAAUGAGAUUUUCUAUGAUCUGGUGCGGCAGAUCAACAGGAAAACGCCGAUGGAAAAGAGGAAGACAAAAAAGAAGUCAGGUUGCACACUGCUCUAAAAAUGCUCUCCCACGGUUGCUCCAGGCCAGAAACUUGUAAUGAUUAACUGCUUCCCAGUGGAUGGUGCCAGCAUUCCAAGUCCUCUCCAGAGCAUUUG